AUGUCUCGUUUCUUAUCCAAAUUACUCAUAAAUCAUCCAAUCAUCAAAUCCAAAGUGUGUUACCCUCGUUAUAUUCAACCGUCUUCAUCUCUAAACUCAGCCUUAAGCUCAAAUGACCGCCACCAUUUAACGCUCAAUUACCUCACCAACUCAUGUGGGAUCUCUCCGCAAACGGCUACUUCAAUCUGCAAGCGAGUUCGUAUUGAGAGCACAGAUAAAGCGGAUUUGGUUCUUCAACUGCUAAGAGCUAAAGGAUUUACUCAAUCUCAAAUUGUUACCUUAAUGUCAAGCCACCCACAACUUAUUAUAACCAAUCCCGAUAAAAUCCUUAAACCCAAGUUUGAAUAUUUUGAGUCAAUGGGUCUUUUAGGUCCAUGGCUGCCGACUGCCAUAUGUGCAGACGGUAACGUUCUAGCUUGCAGUUUAAAGAAUCGGAUUUUGCCAAAUGUUGAUUUCCUUCAGGGUUUGCUUGAGACCGAGGAGAAUGUUACCUUGGCUUUGAAGCGAUGCUUCAGUGUGGUUCGGUACCGUACUGAAUUUAUGAUGUCUACGAUAUGCACUUUGUGUGCUUGUGGUGUGCCAGUACCUACUAUUAGGAAGCUAGCAUUAUGGCAUCCUAAACUACUAAUAUUUGGACUUUAUUCUUAUGAAGUAAAGAUUCAAGAACUCAAGGGAAUGGGGCUUGAGCCAAUGAGCAAGGUCUUUCUAUAUGCUUUCUUUUCAAUGUGCGCCAUGAGCAGAAGGAAGUGGGAAAGUAAAAAGAAAUCUUUGAUGAGCUUUGGCUGGUCAGAAAGAGAUAUUCUUAUGGCAUUCAGAGCACAAGCAUUGUUCAUGACUACCUCUGAGCAGAAGAUGAAGAAAGUAAUGGAGUUCUAUCUGACCAAAGCUGGUUUGCAGAUUUCAGAUCUUGUUAGAUGCCCACAUCUUCUUAGGAUUAGUUUGGAGGGAACUGCAAUACCAAGAUGCUCUGUUUUGGAUGUGCUAAUGUCAAAGGGCCUGAUUAAGAAAUUAAAUGUUGUUUGA